AUGAGAGUGAGGGGUGUAGAUGAGAGUGAGGGUGUAGAUGAGAGUGAGGGUGUAGAUGAGAGUGAGGGUGUAGAUGAGAGUGGGGGUGUAGAUGAGAGUGGGGGUGUAGAUGAGAGUGAGAGUGGGGGUGUAGAUGAGAGUGAGGGUGUAGAUGAGAGUGGGAUUGAGGUUGUAGAUGAGAGUGAGGGUGUAGAUGAGAGUGGGGGUGUAGAUGAGAGUGAGGGUGUAGGUGAGAGUGAGGGUAACAACAAUAAUAAAGUCGUCCUGGCAGAAGGUGACAACGAUUCCAAACAUAAUCUUGAAACAGAUUCCAUGUUUGAUGGUCCGAUUGUAUCCAGCAGACAACGUUCACGGGUGUACGGGUUUGAAGGAGUGGUGGUCUUCGACAUCAGUAAAUAG